UGUUUAUUGACGAAAGAGAAAAUAAGAAUGAUAGUUGAUUCGGAUCCAACAAAAUAAUUUUCUACGAGAAAUAGAGAUUUCACGAAGAUAGAUUUUACAAUGAAUAGAAAACGAUGAACGAUUAAAAGAAAAUAUUUGAAAUAGUAAUAAAAUGAAUCAGAAGUUGAAACGACAAUAGAAUUCGUAUAGUGGCGGCAGUGGUAAAUGGUAAGUGGUAGCAGCAACGCGAUGAUAGUAACGGAGGUGAUUGCGUGAUGGUCGAAGAAAAGACAACUAAAAGAAAUUCUUUAUGAAAGAAUUAAUCGGACACUAAAAUACGACACGCGUGUCCGAUACCGAUGACAGUGAUUCGGAAUUGACCAUUCGUCGAGAGAAGACGAAUUCAUUCAAACACGAUCGUGAAUUGGACAGAAAGACGAAGAAUCAAUGGAUUUACUUCUAUGACGUUACUCAGCGAUUAUUUAAUCGCAUUUUCGGAAUACUGGAUAAUUUGCUACGACUAAAAGAUGACCAAAUAUCGUCCAGUAUCGCAACCAGUCUCCAGUGAUAAUCAUCGUUUCUACCACUGUUUUCAUGAGGAAUCACCAUGAAUGCCAGAACUCAGUUGUUCGAGUUAAGUAUGGAGGGCAGACAAGUAGACGAAGCGGUAGCAAGUAUUUUCCACAGUGUUCUUUUUCAUAGAAGCCUCGGUAAAUUCAAGUACAAACAAGAAGGUAGCUAUUCAGUAGGUACCGUCGGAUAUCAAGACGUCGAUUGUGACUUUAUCGACUUCACCUAUGUCUGUUGUUCAUCGGUGCAUCUGGAUCAAACUCUGAAACGUGAAAUAUCAGGUUUUUCUGAGGCUUUACGUUCCACCGAUAGUCCAGGUUCUGGCCAAAUAUCCUUAGAAUUCUUUCAGAAGAAGAAAAAUCGUUGGCCCUUUCAACCAGAAUGCAUACCGUGGGAAGUGUGGACAGUACGUUUGGAGCUUAUUAAAUUAACGACGGAGCACGAGCGACAAAUAUGCAGGGAAAAAGUCGGAGACUUGUUAACGGAUAAAAUUCUGUACAUAACAGAAGUAAUGAAUCGACACGAUUAUCUUCCGAAAAUGCCAAAUCAAGCUGAAUUGGACUUGAUCUUCGACACGUCGUAUCCCGAUAUACAACCUUAUCUGUUCAAAUUAUCUUUUACAACGUCUAGCCCAUCGAGUACCACAAUGGGCAAUACAAUGAAGAAAUUAAUCAAAGAGACAUUAUCUAUUUAGUCGUUUACUAUUUUGCAGGGACUUUUUAGUGCAAUGCAUCUAUAAUGCAAGUUCGUUUAAAUAAAUAACAUUGUAAUUUUGUGUUUACUAACGGAAGACUCUUGCUCGCUAUGUAUCGAAUAUGUUGCGCUUCUAAGUAGAUCGUAAUUCCGUCGUAUGUCAGUUUAUUUUCUUUCGUUUCGUUCGUUUUAUUUUAUUUACUUUUAAUUCGCGGACGUCGAUCACGCUACGUUCGAUGCAUUUGGCGCGCAAACAGAGUUUUAAAACUGUGACGCAUGGAAGCGGUUUCCGAAUGGAAAAUUUGAUACUUGCUACGAAAGUGUCGGAUAAAGAACCGUAUCUCGUGAACAAGUUAAAAACGUUAGCGCCGACCAGUGUGUAUUCCAGUUUUGUGCUGACAAUACUUGUCAGAAAAAAUGACACGCAUCACGGUUGCAUAGACUCGAAAUAUUUGCAAAAAUUUCUAUAGUACAAAGGUAUCAAAGGUAUCGUGGCGUAGCACUUAUUUUCUUUUUUUCUUUUUUUCUUCUGUAAACAUACUAUACUAUUUCAGAUGUAUCUAUCAUCGCAUCAGUUUUCUAGGUAAUCAGUUAUACAUUAAAUAUUUGAAUGCUUUUCUUGUCGCGUUAUUCGCGCACGAAAUAUUGCUAGUAAUAGCAAAAUAGAAACGCGUUGCGUAACCUCGUGAUCAUCAUAAUAAUUAUCCGACAUUUUAUUUUUCCCCUUGAAAUUGUUUCGCGAUUAAGAGGGGAUACCUGAUCGUUAGUCGAUACGUACGUAUGUACCUAUCUACGUACAUAUAUAGAUCCAUGCAUUAUAUACAUACAAACACACAGGCGUACAUACAUAUUUAUUUUGAAAAAAGAAAUUUAAUAGAUAAUAAUAUAGCGUUAAUAUCGAAAAGGAGAAUGAAAGAGAAGGAAGAAAGGAAGGAAAGCAAAUGAUUGAUUUUUCGUUGUUUCGAAAAUAUGAAAUUUAGGUUUAAAAGUGUUUAAUAUAUGGCUGAAACCUAGACUCAUUAUUGUAAAUUGUAAAUAAACGUGCAAGUGCUGGUAUUUUCAUGUUUUUCGUUCACGCGAUUUCGCAUGUAAAUAUUAUACGUUGUAUAUUAAAAACGAACGUAUUAUUGAUUUUAACAAAUUUUAGGGGCCACGGUAUCGAACGCAUUCUGCGCGUUCUAAUUAGAGUAACGUAUUUUCGGAGGCGUAUAUAAUUGAACGAGUUCGAUCAACAAAUAUAUUUUGAUGUUUGUAUCGGUUCUUUUAGAGAAAAAUUUACAUCGAAAGAUACGGUUACACUCGUAACGUGUUCAAAAGUGAAUCGUUUUUAAAUUUAGUCGUUUAUUUUAUUGGCACGCGUCGACGACAUUUUGAGGAAACAAUAUUCGUCUCGGCAAUAUAGUAUAACGGAAUUUUGCACGAAAACCCACAAGAUGCGUAUGGGAUGUAUCGAGGCAAUCGAUUCAACAAUUACAUUAGGUAUAUACGAAUAUGAUUAAUUAACGAGCGAGCGAGCGAGCGUGUGAGAGAGAGAAAGAGAGAGAUGCAUCGUUUCAGUUGAGAUGAAAGGAGAGAAAAAAAGAGAAGCAAAAACCGUUAUAAAUUUCCGUUAUGCGUUUAGAUCGAUACUUUUAUCCGUUCGUUGAAAUCGAAACGUUCGCGACCGUAAUCACGAAAGUUGUUAGAAAAUUUUCAUCCUAUACGUAGAUCGUUUUAUCCGAUUUUUGUUCGCGUUCUUCCGAUCAUUAAUCGAAAGAUACGUGUACCGCACGCGUCACCGUAUAUUCGAAGGCAAGACACAAUGACGUAGCACGUAAAGCGUUUCGUGCGCAAAGUAGAAAGACGAAGAUGAACGUUCGCGUAGAUACAAGGGUAGGAUGGAAAAUGGCAAAAGGGCAAGAAACGAACGAGAGCGUUUUGCGAGAUGUACCUUCGAAAUUCGAAGAGACUCCGAGAUUUCUGAAUAAAGCGACUCUUUCAUAUUUUUA